AUGAAGUUUCGCUUUAUUUCUCAACUUUUUAUCGUAUUUAUUACCUUUUUUUUUUGGUAUUUUUCUUUCUUCUUCUUCUUUGUCCUAUUCUCUCAGCUUGUAUCCUUCCAUCCACAUCUAUCUAUCUAUCUAUCUAUCUAUCUAUCUAUCUAUCUAUCUAUCUAUCUCAGUCUGUUCGUAUCUCUCUCUCUCUCUCUCUCUCUCUCUCUAUCUAUCUAUCUAUCUAUCUAUCUAUAUAUCUAUCGAUCUAUCUCAUUCUGCUCAUAUAUAUCUCAUUCAUUCCAUAUUCAUUUAUCUAAAUCUAUUAUUAUUUCACUCACUGUCUUCUAUUAUUAUUUCACUAUCUAUCUAUCUAUCUAUGUUCACUAUUUCGAUCCUUUCUUAUCUAUCUAUCUAUCUAUGUUCACUAUUUCGAUCUAUCUAUCUAUCUAUCAGUUCGUCUGUUUGUCGCAGUAUCUAUCUAUCUAUCUAUCUAUAAAUCACUUCAUAUCUAUCUAUCUAUCUAUCUAUCGGUCAGUUCGUCUGUUUGUCGCAGUAUCUAUCUAUCUAUCUAUCUAUCUAUCUAUCUAUCUAUCUAUCUAUAAAUCACUUCAUAUCUAUCUAUCUAUCUAUCUAUCUAUCUAUCUAUCUAUCUAUAAAUCUAUAAAUCAUAUCUAUCUAUCUAUCUAUCUAUCUAUCUAUCUAUCUAUCUGUCAGUUCGUCUGUUUGUCGCAGUAUCUAUCUAUCUAUCUAUCUAUCUAUCUAUCUAUCUAUCUAUCUAUCACUUCAUAUCUAUCUAUCUAUCUAUCUAUCUAUCACUUCAUAUCUAUCUAUCUAUCUAUCUAUCUAUCUAUCUAUCUAUCAAAUCUUGUCAUUAUCUCAGUGUAUUAUUAUCUCACGUGUCAUUAUCUAUCUAUCUAUCUAUCUAUCAAAUAUCGUCACUGUAUCAAUCACUCUCUUCUCUUCUGUCUGUCAUAUCUCAUAGUUAUUAUAUCAGUCUAUUAUUAUCUCAUUCUCUUAUCUAUCUAUCUAUCUAUCUAUCUAUCUAUCUAUCUAUCUAUCUAUCUAUGUUCUUCCAUUAUCUAUCUAUCUAUCUAUCUAUCUAUCUAUCUAUCUAUCUAUCUAUCUAUCUAUGUUCAUCCAUUAUCUAUCUAUCUAUCUAUCUAUCUAUCUAUCUAUCUAUCUAUCUAUCUAUCUAUCUAUGCUCUUCCGUUAUCUAUCUAUCUAUCUAUCUAUCUAUCUAUCUAUCUAUCUAUCUAUCUAUGCUCUUCCGUUAUCUAUCUAUCUAUCUAUCUAUCUAUCUAUCUAUCUAUCUAUCUAUCUAUCUAUCUAUCUAUCGCACUCUUUUGUUCUCAUUCCUUCAUAAUUUGUCUAUACAAAUCUGUUUCAACCUAA